AUGGCGGACAACUUUAUUUUUAUUUGGGACGAUGAAUUGUCGGAAUGGCUAGAAAAUAUAGAUGAAGAUUCAUUGGAUAUAUCGAAUGCAGAAGAACAGCUAGAUGGCAAGGAAAUUUCUUCGUUUAUUGAGGAAAACAGGAAUAAUAACACGACUAAGAAGACAAAAACAGACCUUAAUGUUUGGACUCGGUGGUGCGACUCCAUAAACGACAGGAGGUCAAUGGAGGAUAUUCCUCCAGAUAAACUGAACAGCCUCCUUUCCCAUUUUUUCAUCAAAAUCAGAAAACUUAAUGGUAAAGAGUUCGAGCCAGGAACUUUAAUUUCAUUUCAACGAAGUCUCGACAACUAUCUACGGCAACACGGAAAUAAUUACAGCAUCAUGCAAGAUAAUAUCUUUGAAAAAUCACACGAGACGUUGGAGUCAAAACGAAAGCAACUAAAGCUGUCAGUUAAAGGAGGCCGUCCAAACAAGGCGCUGGGUCUAACAGAUGAUGAGCUUGAAAAGUUUUGGAGCGCGAAACAGCUUGGAGACAAUUCGCCUGAAGCUCUUCUCCGUACAGUUUGGUUAAACAGCACCAUGCAUUUUGGCUGGCGUGUGCGAGACGAGCAUCACAAAGUUCUGCUCGAGGACCUUGAGAUACGGCGAGAAGAAGGCGGCGAAAUGAGAGAAUACAUCAUAUGGAAGAUGGAGCGAGGAUCCAAGAGGAGAACCGGAGGGAAAGAGUUUGGUUCACAUAGGUAUUUCAGUCCACGCAUCUACGCGACAGGCGGAGAUCGAUUUCCAGUGAAUAUUUUCAAGAUCUUUCUGGCACGAAGACCACCGGACAUGAUUAAACCAGAUUCCCCACUCUACUUGGCCGUGAUCAAAAGUCCGAAAACUGAAGUCUGGUACAAACGACAGCCUCUCGGUAUCCAUUCCUUGGGUCAGUUCAUGAGGAUGAUGGCAGAUUCCGUAAACCUUACCGGAAAACACACAAACCAUUCUGCUCGUCGAACGAUGAUUACAGCAUUACGCCACAAAAACGCCAAUCCGCUAGAUAUCAGCCAAUUAGUUGGACAUAAGAAUCUUAAAUCCAUAGAUUCUUAUUCCACUGUAUCAGUAGAGCAGCAAAAAGAAAUUUCGUUGAAAAUAAGCAGCCACUGUGGUGCUCGCCCAGCGCUAAAUCAGCUGAGUUUAAAUAGCCAUCUUCAGAGCUCCAUGGCCACAGGAACAAAUGCCAGUACUGCUUGUGGAAAUCAGCUUUUCUAUGGUGCAGUUUUCAACAACUGCACCAUUUUCAUCGGCGGAAAAUCUCCCCAGAUUCCUUCCAAGCGAAGAAGAAUCGUUCUCCACAAGGAAAAUGAUGAAUGA